UGCCGUACAACAACAGAAAUGGCCUCUUCCCAGGAUGUCCACGUCCGAAUUUGUGGACAAGAAAUAAUCAAAUAUGAUCUCGAAAUUAAAGCUCUCAUUCAGGACAUUAGAGAAUGUCCGGGGCCACAAAGUGUGUUGAUGGAUUUCAACUCCGAAGUAAAAGAGAGAUUCAAUCAGCUACGACUGAGAAUCCAGAAUAUGGAGCAAAUGGCCAAGGAACAAGACCGAGAAACAGAAAAACAAGCCAUCUUGAGUGAGACAGAGAGUAAUCGUAGACAGAUGCUGAGUAACCAGACAGCUUGGAGGAAGGCAAACCUGGCAUGUAAACUGUCCAUUGACAACCUUGAGAAAGAUGAGCUGUUGUAUGGUGGAGACUCCACUGUGCGACAACGAAAAGCAACUAAGGAGAGUUUGGUCCAGACAUCCGGUGAUAUCACAGAGAGCCUGAUGAGCAUCAGUCGUAUGAUGGCUCAGUCGGUGUCGCAGAGCGAGGAGACCAUCGGCACUCUGGCUACGUCUUCAAGAACAGUCCUGGAAACUGAUGAAGAGUUCAAAGCCAUGACAGGAACCAUACAUUUGGGAAGGAAACUGAUCUCAAAAUAUAACAGACGAGAAUUGACUGACAAACUACUCAUCUUUCUAGCAGUGGCUUUGUUUUUAGCAACUGUCUUGUACAUUUUGAAAAAAAGGCUGUUCCCAUUCAUUUAGAGAAAAUUGUGAGCAAUUUCCUGUUCAUUUUUUUUUGUCCCUUGAUAUCUGUCCAAAACUGUCUGUAAUAUAACUACAGUCAUGCCUUUCUAACCUUUCAAUUAGUUUUUCUUGCCAUACAGUCUUGUGCAUUUCCAUUAUGCACCUUCCCCAGACUGUCUACAGAACUGUCAGACAAUUUUUUUUAAAUUUUAUUUAACCCUUAUUUAACUAGGCAAGUAAGUUAAGAACAAAUUCUUAUUUACAAUGAUGGACUAGGAACAAUGGGUUAACUGCAUGGUUCAGGGGCAGAACGACAGAUUUUUACCUUGUCAGCUCAGAGAUUCGAUCUAGCUACCUUUCGGUUACUGGCCCAGAACUGUGUCAGACUGUCGGCAGAACUGUGUCAGACUGUCGGCAGAACUGUGUCAGACUGUCGGCAGAACUGUGUCAGACUGUCGGCAGAACUGUGUCAGACUGUCGGCAGAACUGUGUCAGACUGUCGGCAGAACUGUGUCAGACUGUCGGCAGAACUGUGUCAGACUGACAUGCAUUAUCUAUCUAUACCACAGAGGAAUAACCUUGUUUCAGGGCUCAUAGCUGGCAGGUGCACUUUUUAAAAUAUAUUUUUUUAUCCCAUUGCCCUACUUAUUCUUACUGUACAGUUUACCUGGAAUGUACAACCUGGCCGUAGUCCAUAUACAAUAAGAAGGAAAUGGUUACUGUAGAUCUGUAUUGCUGAUGGAAUAGUGUUCCCAAAACACAUGAAUUUAGGAAAUUGUUGUGAGAUAGACUACUUAUUGUAUAAAAGAAUCAACCGUUUUACAACAUUUUGAAUAAACAUAUGUUUCUCAA